CAAGCACGGUCUUCUUAUCUUGCCUGCGGGUGCCAUAAGUCAGGUACCAAGGUACCCAGGUACGGAUACCAGGACGGGACGGUUACCGAUGGGGGAACGUUGACCAGCGACUAUACCACACACGGUACUCCGUACCUCACUCAACCUGCCGACUCACCACUCACUCGUCUUCGGCUUCGCAGCGAAGCACAAGACGGCACAGUCCCACGACACCCCCCCAUAACACAGCAUCACCACUUGCCACGACACUGAUCGCACAACCUGUAUAUACAACCUGCCUGCAGACAAGGCAAUCCAUCCAUCAAUCAAUUAAUCGAUCCCUCCGCCCGUCCGCCCAUCCGUCCGUCCAUCCACCCUCCAGCCCAACAACAACAACAACCACUGCAGGCUUACCCUAAGUCCUUCUCGGUGCACCACCUGCAGCCAAGCUUGGCAGCCUUGAUCCGAUCCCGUCCCAUCCGCCCCAGAGAGACAAGACCCCCACGGCCCUCACCAGCACCAGCACCACCACCACUACUGUGUACUUGACCCUCCGACGAUGCUACAACAUCUCCGUGACAUGACACGACUCCCAGCUUGAAAAACCACCGGCCGCCAUGGCUUCUGAGUCGGGCUUCGGCUCCCACAACCCCUUCCGUCGCAGGACUGCCGCCCCCUCGGCCGCCGGAGCUCAAGCUCAACUCGAACCUGAGGCUGGAGCUGGAGCUGCCCCGCCUGCCUCGUCCUUCGUAUUACACGCAGACAAUGCCCCUCUGAGGCCUCAGGCACCACCACGCCCCAGCGGCAACGACUUUGCUAGAUCUCUGACCUUGCUCCCAAAAAGCGAUGCCCCCCCGCCCGCCACCUCCUUCCAGAAGAAAAAGCCAGUCAAGAAGGUCAGGGUCCAGAGCCCUCCACCCUCGAGUCCCGAGUCCGCCAGCGCCGAACGCUCGUACCCAAAGUACCCGCUCCCGCCCCGCGAAGAAGGCGACGACAGCAGCAGCCUCAGCUCCCCGUCCCUCAAUGGCGAGGCAGAAGAUCCCUUCCAGAACGAGGCGCCGCCUCUCCCCGAAGAUGCACUGGCCUCCAUGGGCAGGGUACAGGCACCGCAGCCGCAGCCGCUCCCACAGCAGUACACCGGCCGCGGCCCCCCUCCCAACCCCUUCCAGAAGACCCUCGAAGACAUGGAGCAGGCUGCAAGGGACGGCGGGUCUGGUGCCGCAGAACAUGCCUCCCCGGCAGGGAAAGGUCUGGAUGUUGAGGCCUUCAAGAAGCUGCUGCUGACGGGCCAGGGUCCUGCACCCGGACCUGCCGGCACCUCGGGCCCGGCCACCCUGCACCCGACAGGUGUGGCUGGUGAUGGGGGCAGCAUGACGGAUGCCUCGUCCGUAUCACGGCAGUCCAUCUUCGAGAACAACAAUCAUUCGCUAGAGUCGCCACGGACGUCGCACGAGAUAUCCGAGCCGGAGCCGGAAGGCGACGAGGAACAGCGUGGACUGAUCAGCCCGCCCCCGCCCAAACAACCCGGCUCCCGCAAGAAGCUGCCGCCGCCUCCUCCUGCAACAAGACACGGGAAGUCCAUCAGGGCCGGACCGGUCGCACAGGACCGGUCGCAAGCAUUAGAGCGCCGUGCUUCUGGAGGAUUGGCUGACGCGUCGUCUGGCCGAAGGGCUUCUCUUAGCCCUACGGAUGUUAACAAGCCGCUUCCUGAACCGCCAGCGCCAUCCGAAUAUGAUCCUAAGGAGAGCAUCUUUGACAAGGAAGCCGCAGGCAAGGUGCCCGAGGUCGACAUCGACCCCGAAGCUGAUGUUGUGCCGCCGCCGCGACCACCCACGCCGCCGAACACGUCGCACUCUUCCUCCACCCCCGUCCAGAACCCGACAUCGACGCUGAGGAAGCCCGCGCCGCCCCCACGCAGAGGCGCGCACGCCAGGACCGAGAGCAAACCACAAGCUGAGCUGCCUGAAGAACCGCCCACACCGUCUCGCUCCUCGAUGGAUUCUGUUAGGUCACGCUCGUCCAGCAUAAGACUGUCCACCGCGGCUCCGGUCCCGCCCCCGCCGAGGAGGCCUGCGGGCCACCGUCCGUCGCCUUCGGUCUCCAGCCCUGUUUCAACCAUGCAGUCCUCGGCCUUCCCCUUCCCGGCCGGACAACUGAGCCCUAGCAGUGAUGUACCAGGCUCGACAUAUGCCGCAACCCAGCUUGCCACCGAUACAAGCAGCGCAACGACGGGGUCAUCAACAUCUCUGACGCCCCAACAACACCCAGGCGUGUCCAAACUGACGCCGCCGCCGCCUCCACAGCGGAACCCUUCUCUUCGCAAGAGUACCGCCUCCUCGGCAAACAGACCAGCCUCGUCCAGCUCGGUCGAGGUACCGGCGCGGAAAGGCGGUCUCCCACCGCCUCCGCCCCCGAGGAAAAGAGGCAGCAGCCGCGGCAGCAUGGAGGGCUCGGAACCCAAAGGCGCGAGCACGGAGGGCGUGAGGAAGGCGUCGGGGGACAGCUUCGCCGGCAACGUCCCGCCCGUGGCCGAGGAAACCGAGACGGUCGACGACGUGACCACGGCUGACGCGGCUGCAACGGACCCGAGCAUCCAGGCGAUGCUGGCUGACCUCGACGCGCUGCAGCGGGAAGUGGAGGCUGCGAGGGCGGCGGCUGCCGGAGGCGGUGCCUAGUGGGCAUGAAGCGACUCACUCCCGCUCACUGCUGAGACUAGAAACUGUGCAGGUGGAGACUGGAUUUACUCCCGCCGACAUGGCAUUGAAGUGCAUUUUUUAUCCUUUUUUGGAAGGUUCAACAUUUACAUGGUGGCUAUUUGUAUAUAGACGGACGGCGCAGCAUGGGAGUGCGAGUUGUUGUUGGCAUGCUCUUACGACGGCAGCGAUUCUUUUGACCUGAUUACACGACAUUAUGAGUCAGGAUGUACAUUGAAAGCACGAGGUCGUCACAGCUGUUACUUUUAAUAGACUCUUGACCAUGCAAGUGCUUUCAUAUCUCCAGGGAACGAAGAGGUCUCUGGCUUCCAUGAUCGAUAGAAACGGCUUUUUUUCCCCUUUCGAAGCAG